AUAUGAAGAAAAAAGUUAACAGCAAUUCAUGGGAAAAGAAUCAUAAAGAAGAGGGGCCAGGUGUCUCCUGACUGAUAGCUGGAGUCUUCAAAGCAAAAUGCCUGAACAGAGCAAUGAUUACCGGGUGGCCGUGUUUGGGGCAGGAGGUGUGGGCAAGAGCUCCCUGGUCUUGAGGUUUGUCAAAGGCACAUUCCGGGAGAGCUACAUCCCAACGGUGGAAGACACCUACCGGCAGGUGAUCAGUUGUGACAAGAGCAUCUGUACACUGCAGAUCACUGACACAACUGGGAGCCACCAGUUUCCUGCCAUGCAGCGUCUGUCCAUCUCCAAGGGGCACGCCUUCAUUCUGGUAUAUUCCAUCACCAGCCGGCAGUCCCUGGAAGAGCUGAAACCCAUCUAUGAGCAGAUCUGCGAGAUCAAAGGGGACGUGGAGAGCAUCCCUAUCAUGCUGGUGGGGAACAAGUGUGACGAGAGCCCCAGCCGAGAGGUGCAGAGCAGCGAGGCCGAGGCCUUGGCCCGUACGUGGAAGUGUGCCUUCAUGGAGACCUCAGCCAAGCUCAACCACAACGUCAAGGAGCUCUUUCAGGAGCUGCUCAACCUGGAGAAGCGCAGGACUGUGAGCCUCCAGAUCGACGGCAAAAAGAGCAAGCAGCAGAAAAGGAAAGAGAAGCUCAAGGGCAAGUGUGUGGUCAUGUGAGAGCCCUUUGCUGCAGGAAGAGCCACAAGCUAUCAUCCGGGCCUCACUCCCCUCCCCGCGUGACACCCCUUUGUCAGGGCAGCAUGUACGAUGCCCUCCUGUUAAACAUUGCAUUUGGCUGAGACACGCCCUCGUGUCUCUUUCAAGAGGCAUUCCACACCACCACCAGUAAGCCACCCUCCUUGGAGUUGCUCACACCUGGCAUCCCAGGGAACUGAGAGGUGCAGUCAUUUCUGAGCAGGUUUUUGCCAUUGGGAAGCUUGGGGGACUCACAGAACAAGCUGAGGGGAACACAUGUCACCCACAUGUGUGAGAGAGGAAGCUGGUCAGAGCUGAUGGUACCAUCCCCAUACCAGGCCUCGUCUCUGCUCAGUAACAUCUUUGGGGGAGGGAUGGGUGGAGGCAGAGUGAGAAGACCAAUUGGUCCAAACUGGACUACAAUGGUCCCCUUAAAUACACCGUAAGCCAAAUUAAAGAUGAAAUGCAGCCUCCCCCAAAGGAUGUUUACUUCCCAUUCAUCUUCACCUGAACUUCCCUGAGGAGUGUAUUUAAUACCUGUAGACCUAGCUAGCAAGUCACCAUGAUGGGAACCUCUCAGAAUGUCGAUUUUCUCAUACUCACCAGUGGUAUAUUGCUGUGUCACAAGUUUUUCAGUUUUUCAGUAAAGAGAUGGUGACAUGAUUAAAACAUCAUCCUUCUAUUCCACGGUGUGAUGCUUUAAGGAUUUUAGAAAUGUGAAAUUUCUUUGCUUUAGACCUGGGAGGGCUGUAAUUUCUUCCAGCCCUCAGAUUUUAAAUAAAAGCCAAUAAAAUAGGUAUUUUUAGACUUGCUUUCCUCCUCCCUCCAAGAUGGUUUUCUUCUCUUCAAUAACUUGAUGUGUACCCAGCUGGCAAACAGCCAACAAAGGGCCAUCCAAUGACCAGAAGCACAUCCAAUUUUCUAAGUGACCCAACACAUCUAUAAGCCACACUUUACAUCUUUAUGAAAUCCUUUGAAGCAGAAGUUGUUCACUGUGUCUUUGAUGAUGUAUUGCUCUCGGAAGUGAAUUCCUGGAAAAUGCAUCUUAAAGAAUAGUAAAUUCUCUUGCAGGAUCCAUUACCUAUGUCCUGUAAGAGCAGUUCAAGGCAGUAUUUACCCUAGGAACAACGAUCUCUUUCUCAUGAUUGUGUGUGUGUACCCUUAAUCCUUCAAACCAAAUUACAACCACCACUACUUCCUGCUGGUGUGGGAGGUGAUGGAGAUUGCAGAUAGGCUGGCAGCUCUGUCCUUAGCACCGCCCGCUCAGCUUAACCCAUCUGCCAUCCAAGAUUCUGGCUAGGCUCUGCCUUCUUGAAAAUUCCCACUGACAGAACCUGUGAGUUCUAUUUCCAUUGACAGAACAAACACAUGCCAUCCCUGACUCCUGGCACAUCCUCUUUCCCCCAACAGUCCUUUCCAUUGCCUGCUAAGGAAGCAGAGGAAGCUGCAGUACCGCCUCAUGGGCCUGUAGGUAGCCAGGGAGGGUUGUGAGUAAUGACUUAUCUACUUGUUUCUUUGACCUCUCCUCCCAUGCAGAUAACAGCCAUGUGAACACCACAAUCUUCCAAAACACAGUUGUUUGAGAUCUCAGGAUCUCCUGGCUUUCCUUUCUAAUUCAAUUCCCUUGUAUGGUUAUGUCCUUUCUUCUUUACCUACAACCCACCCUGGUGAUGCCAUUAGUGUAUAGGAAGUGCCUUUGAGAACCAUUUGGCUCCAUGGUAAUUACCAUCUCCUUGGUCUUCUAGAACAAAACAUUCCUGUCUUUACCUAGGGAAAGAGUCACAUUGAGAAAGGAAGGGCAUGGUAUGGGAGCCACCAGGGAGUGUAGAGUCUUUGGGGAAAUUCCAUGACCCCUUUAAGUCCCUCAUGCAGGGACUUUUGUUCCAAAAGGCCGUUCUUUCACGCUCAGAGAGAGAGGUGAGUUUUGUCAUUUGAGUGUGGGAGAAGUAGAAGAAAGGCCAGAACUUCAUGGCCAACUUGGAACAUAUACUUUGCGAUGGGUUCUUGGAUAGCAGUGAGGUAUGGCCUUUGCCAUGUGUUAAUAAAGCUUUUAUCACAGCACUUUCUGUAAGCCAUUCCUACUGAUCCUGAGUCAGGAUUUCUUUUAGCUUUUUAAAGUCAAACUCCACAGUUUCAAGUGUUGUGGUUAGCAUCAGUACGAAAAGCUUGCAGUUAUUGACAAUCUGAGCUCAUUGAAGAUACAUUGUCUUCCUUUGUAUUUUGCCUGUGAGUUUAUAGGAGAGAAAGGUAGGCUGGGGAAACCUCCAUCCCAGGGCUUCAUUCUCAGAUCAUCAUGUAGACUGAGGAUGUCAGCCUCAUCUUUAGGAGCUCCUUCCUGACUCAGGGUUUGAGGAGUUAGUGCCAUUGACGGUUUGUUUCCAGCAUUUGUGUGGCCCCCAUCUCCAAAUAAGGAGUCUUGGUUCUUGAGACCACAUCCUACAUUGCACAAGGGCACAGAAGCUUUUGACCUAGCCCCAGUAUCUUAUAAAACUCAAAAUACUGCUUUGAAGAUGAUGGCACUCUGGGAUUCAGCACGGGGCUCCAUGAGUUCCCUUUCUGUCCCCACUGGUCCCCUCUCCAUCUAGUGACAAGCCAUGGGCAUGCAUACAAUGCAGCAAGGCCAACACCAGAGCAAUAUUGAAUUGUUCAUUAUAUCUAAAAUUAUGUAUAUUAUAUAACUUACCUUCCUGCAUUUUAAAGUAGUAAAUUGUACAUAUCUGUAAGCUAGUAUAUUUGCUUCACUGUUUGUAAUACUUACAAAAUGCCCAUUCUUUAUAGAACUAAAACAUAUUAAAUAUUUUAAAAAUU